AAGUUUACUUUACUCUGCGACAUUUUUACUAAGCAUAAAUCUGAUUUGUCAAGGGAAGAACGCCAGGAAAUUAUUCAGCACAGUAGGAAGAGGUAGGCAAGUGCUCGUAGUUCAAAAUUGCAGUGCUAAAAAUUGAUUUUACUGUAGACUCAUUUAGCCUCAAAACACUUGUACAGUAAUGUCGGGAAGCGUUUGAAAGUGCCUUAAUUUAGUUUAAAUAGUUUAUACAUUGUAGUAUUUUAUCUAUUGACGCGAAGGCGUAGGAUUAUACUGCGCAAACUCAAAAGUUAGAACCAGCUUGUAGAGUACAAUUAACAGUACCAGCGGAAAUUACCGUCAUUGGAAUGGUUACUGCUAGUUUACCAGCUGUAUUGAGGCUUUUUUGGGCGUUUUGGCUUUCCUAAUGUGGUAAGUAUAUGCUUACUGACUCGUACAUACUUUGUUGUUGUACAGGUUACCGAGUUUUGUGGAACUAGUUGAAACGUUCUUGGUUAUUUUUCAAGCUUCUGUGUCUGGACUCAGUCGUUCUGACAAGGAGGAAUUGGCUGUGCACAUUAUUCCUGAGGUAAAUGUUGUUAUUAAUUCUAUAGUUCCGAUUUUGAUGAAGAUUUUGAUGAUGAUGAUGAUGAUGAUGAUUGUAACAUAACCUGAGCCAGGCUUUUAUAUACAUAUAUAGGAGGAACUUCGCAAAACACGAGUCCCGCGCUUAAGCGUGUGCAAAGAGAGCGGGUAUCGUGAAUAAGGUCUAUUGUAACGAUGAUGAAGAUGACUAUAACAACGUUGACUUUGAUGAUCGCAACAAAAUGGCAUCAGAAAUGUAAACCUGCUUUUAAAGAGAAGCAAUUCACUUUGACUUCUCUAGAAGUUUGUGAAUGACUUAAAUCUUUCACUGUCUUUAGGAUUCCACUUUCAUGUAGAAUAUAUGCAUUUUUUUUUUUUCCUUUAUAAAAAGAUUGAAAAGAUGUGGCUGACAUCCACAGAGCUGGGAGGUAAUGCCCUCGACGCACUGGAAAAUAUCACAAAGAAAGCGGAUAAAGAUCAUAAGAAGAAAACGCACCUCCCAAAGAUGGCAACGUCUUUAAGUCGAACACUCAGAAAUGUAAGUGAAUUCAGUGUCAUUAAAGAGGGAAGGAAACUUCUUCUCCAGGGCUUCCAGUUCUUGGGGACAAAACCCUUUAUGUUUGUGACAAACGAACCCCAAAGGACGUCUGCGGGGAGGCUAUGAUACUGCGCCAAUAGCCAAAGUAUGGACAUUUUGUUGUCUUCGCGAUAAGCAGCACAAAAUCAAACCACUUGAAAUACUCACUUCAGAAACUCUAGGGAGAAUGGUACAAGCUGUGGGUGCAGUGAUUUCUGGGAUUGUUUGAGUGGACAAGCGUUACUUAACCAAUAACCAAUCAUAAGUAUCGCUUGCCCACCCAAAUGAUCCCAGAAUUCGUAGCGCCAAAACUUUGUACCCAUUUUCCCUUACAGUUUCUGGAGUGAGGAAUUUCUGUGAUCCUCCAACCUCAUGGGGAGCUUACAAAACGACGACUAUGACGUUAUCGAAAACAACGUGAAAAUAAAAACCAUGACAACAGGAUUUUUCUACCCUCGUCGUUGUGGUUUCGUUAGCCACCUUUUUCUUCCUUCACCCUAAAAAACUGUACGCAUGGCUACCUUUAAUACAAACUGGCGUUUAGCUACGUUUACGACCUCAUUAUCGAAUUGAUCAUGAACAUACAUAACGUUUGGUUUUUAGGCUGUUCACUUAAGAGAAGUGAUGACAUUGAAGAGAUUUCAGCAGAAAGUUUCAUCGACUCUUGUGUUUUUGUUACAGAAAAGGUAAAGUUUCAUUUGUGAAAUUGAACAUGUGACUCUUCUAAAGUUGGAUCCGUACGUACGUCUUGAACAUCUUCGUAUUUCUACUUUUUAAUUUAGGGGAGAUUUUGGUGCUUUAUCAGAAGACCAAAAAAUCAGGGCAGUAGUUAAAUCCAUGGACAAAAUAAUGUUAGAGGUAAGCAAGACUUUUUUGCUCGACGCGUUACUGGACGGAAGCAGUUUUAACCCGCUUCUUGGCCCGUUUUCGUGAAGCUAAACAAACACUGGGAAAUGUAACAACAGUGAAUUUAUAUAGCGCACACAUCUAUUAGCUGCUCGACGCGCUUCACAAAGAUUAAAAAUAUGCUAUAAGACUAAUAAACUAAAAACUAAGAAUGAUAAAGAAUGAGCUAGAAAAAGAUCUUAAAACAUCUCAAACAUCCAAGAAUGAGCUAAAAACAUCUAACAAUAUGCUAAAAAGCUACUAAAAUGCGAAGAUAAGAAUAUGCUGGGCUAGUUUUUUUUAAUAUGAUUUGUUUGCAGAUUCCAGAGCAAAUUCGCACUCUUCAAAAAUUUCCAAGAGUAUUUGAGAAAAAGCUCUCUUGGAAAGAAUGGAAACAUUCAUAUAAAGUGUGGACUUCUUUUGUGGUGAGUAUGAAACCCGGGUUUGCGUUAGAUAACUUCUGUUCAACAAUGUUAGAACGUGUGGCAUUCAUAGAGAUAAUUAGCUCAAGAAUUUUGCAUUACUUUGUUUUGCACUGCAACUCUUUGUGAUUGGCUGAAAAAAUCUCGCGUCACUUUCUCAAUCAAUCUACAGAGUCUUGCAUUACGAAAGGUGAUGGCAAAUAGAGUCAUUCUUGAACCAGUAGUGGAAGAAGCUAGCAGCCUUAUACACGAUACUGAAUUCACUAAUCUCGUCAAAGAGAUUGGUUUCCUGAGAGAAUCCGAGGAUGAAGACAAACCUGAAAAUCCGUCACCACCGAAGGUAAUUUUUUAAGCAUGCACAAAAGUAGUUAGUUGUUUUUUACCUCUUCAGGAAUCACCAGUUGUUUUGUAACGGAUUGGAAGUCCCAGGCAUAAGUGGGCAUAUUUACCACUAAAUGUAGACGAAUCAGAAUCAAGAAAAUUAUUUCUCGAAAGAAAUUUUACCAGUUUAUCAUCAAGUCGUGGGCAUUUAGAAACGGAUUCUCUUUCUGAAUUUUAAUAGAUACUGUAAACUGGAAAAUUUACUACCUUUUUUUGUCGUAUCACCAUAGUACACGGCUGUUGAUCACAUACAUGGCACGUGUUGCAUAUGAACCUAAUUAGUGAUAGCGUGGUUCUCUGGAGUCUUUCUGUAGCUCACAGGUGUGGACACCCGGGCUGAGUUGCUCAAAGCAUGGUUAGCUUUAACCAUUGGUUAAGCAGUAUCAAAACCAAUACGUUGUCAAGGUAUUAAACGCUGGUUAACGCUAACCAUGCUUCGAGCAACUGGGCCCCGAUCUAUGUGUGGAAUAACCUGGGCUCAAAUCCUGCAAAGCAUUCUGGGCCAAGUUGUUCAAAGGCCGAUCAGAGCUAACCAGGGGUUAGAGUUUAAUCCGGGUUUCUUUUGCGUUUGUUCAAGAGCAGUUUCUCGGAUAUUUUCUCUACUGUUUUUAGAGCAUCCAAUCAACAAAUUAUAGACAAAAACUAUAAACUGAAUUUGCUUUUUACGUUUUCAUAUUUCCUCGUAAACACUUAGUCGCGUGGUAAGCGUUCAAAGCAUGUUACGUAGCGUCUCUAUUGUCGAGUAGUGGUCUCAAAAUUAACUCAUUGCCACUUGUUUUCCUUGAGCUCUCUUACGUAUUCUGUCCAUUAACAAUAUGAAGAUAAUAUCUCCGAUUCUCGUGAUUUUUGUUUUUCCUUUAUUCUUCUAGAAAAGCACAGCACGUGUGGAGUCCGUACUCACUUGUCCGCCGGGCGAUAAGAGCCCACUCGCACAGUCGGUCUUGCAACUGUUACUUUCUGGAGAUUAUGCUGAUAUGAGCUUCACCUUCGACACAACAGACCUAGUUCAUUGUUCUACUUGCACAGAAUGUAAACGCUUCAGUAAGCAGAACAGCCGAGCGGAGAUUUCCGCGCACCGUGUUAUUGUAGCAACACGUUGUGACUGGUUUAGAAGAGCACUGCUCAGUGGAAUGAAAGAGUCUAUUGAAAGGUGAGGAAUUCCUUGGACGAUUUAGUUUCAAGCAAUAAUUAUAUCAAACCUGAGGUGCAUAUGCCUGGUUAUCGGAUGUAACUCUCUGUUGUCCUUACAUUUUACAACUAAGGUUACCUUCCGGCAAGUACCGACGGGGCGAAUUCGUUUAUCUUUUGUGGAAUGUGCCCAUCCAGAUCUUCGUGAUUUGUUGCAUAAUUUUAGAGGUUUUUACAAUGGAUUCCGCAGUAGAAAAACUUUAAAAAAAACUUUGGCACAUUCUAGGCUUUCACUUCUAUUAAGCAAUAACAACAUGGCUUGAAGCUUUGUUGGUAAAUUGGAGCAUGUUAGGAUCAUGGACUUGUGUUUUAUGGAAAUUCAAAACUAUAAACGUUAGAAAGUAAAAUAUAAUUUAAGUGAGCACUUGGACUGCUGAAAUUAAAAUAAAAAUUAAAUUGCGAGCUUUCGCCGAUCAACGGAUCAUCAGGGAUUAGACAAAUAUUCCGCGUAGUAAUAUACAUAUGAAAAAAUUAGUGUAAAGCAAAAUGUGUUAAAAGCGCAAGAAUGGGGCGGAAUGUAUCUGAGGUAUAAAAAUAUAAACUUGAAUAAAAUACAAAGAGCUAAUGAUCGAGUGGCACAGGGCUAAGAGUCUCUGGAAAGGCAUAAUGAUUCAUAAGGAUGGUCUUUAAAUCAGAAUGUCCACAAAUUCAUUUCAUUCCUCACGGGAGGUUAAGGCUGUCUCAAUGUAAAUCGAGCUGCAAAAGAACAUGCUGGUCGACAAAAAUCUCCCGAAAGGCAAAAAUAAAUUCUAAAAAACAAAAGGUCCUCAAAUGCGUUGCAUUCCUCACGAGAGGUGAGGACUGGCUCAGUGUAAAUCGAACUGUGAAGAACACGCUGGUUCUGAUAAAAGUUUGAGAAUAUUCUUGAUUAGCUACCGCAUAAAAUUCAGUUUACAAAGGAAAAGAGAACACUGAAAACCCUGGUUCUGAGUCGAGAGGCGAACACGCUACCUCAGUGUAAUAAAUCGAACUGUGAAGAACAAGCUGGUUCUGGCAAAAAUUGGAGCGUAUAACCCUACUCCUUGAUCAGCUGCUGUUUUAGACGCAAUUUAUGAAGCAAACCAGAGCACUAAUAGCUCUUUAAAACUAGAAAUCGUAUUAAAGCUUGCUCACCUGUUAGGUCCUCUUGAACAGACGACGAACAGCUGCACACUGGAUCACCCAAUUGACCACUCCAGAAAAUACCAUAACAUACCAUAAUGCUCUUUGUUUGUCACCCCAACAUUUUGCAUAAGCAUUGUCUUGUUUCUCUUGGGAGUUAAUAUGGCCCCAAGAGAAAUUGAAAACACUCGUGUAAAGUUUUGGGGUGACAAACAAAGAGCAUUAUGGUAUGUUAAGGUAUUUUCUGGAGUGUUCAAUUUCGAACCAUGACUUGUAAAAACAAGACCAUGACGUCACUCCCCAAAACAUGGGGUCCUACUUACAUCCAGAUAUGGUCAAAAAUGCAAAUUUUAGAGAGUUACGCAGAAUUUGAGAGUUUUUGUAGUAAAUGUAUUGGUGUAGCACUGGAACCGAUAGUGGAAUUGCACACGUUUUAGCCAUCUUAUUGAUGAACAGUUACGACUUAUCGAUAUUUCCAGCAACCAUUUGCCGUCUCUCCCCUUCGAAUAUUGAUGAAUAAACAAUAGUUCUUGACGAAAUUCAAAGGAAACGUUCGCAAAAUGUUACGUGCAUUAAGAUCCGAUUUCCAAACACCUCUCACUAUAGUGAUUUGCUUUGUUUUUCUCUUGUUUGGAAAUCCCUAUGAACACGCGCACUUGUUUUAGAAAUAUAACGUCUGGGCCAACUUCAAUUAGGCUCCGUACUGGCUUUGAAAGUAGACUUCGGCCUUAUGAGUGCAUGUCUUCUUGUGUACUUGGGUUACUGGACAUCGUCAGGUUACGUUUACACGCACAAGCAGUGUUUCAAACUCAUUUUCUGUUUUCAAAGUCGCCCGUUUCGGCAACCAAAAAUUAUAAACGGGACCAGGCGUCUCAAAUGAACGCAUACUCCGACAGCCAGGGUGGAAGAGGAAAUUAUAGAGAAAAUGGAACGUAAAUAUCUUUUGCAAAUGUUUCAUGAUCUUUCUGUAGCCUACGGAAAGAUCAUAAUUACGAGCCAAUAAAAACACUACCAUAUGACAGCUUGCCACAUAUGCGGCCGAACGCACGCCUCGCCAGUUGGCGAUUUUCACUACAAGUUUAGUCGCUAUUUUUUUUCUUCUCGCUGUGGUAACCAACUUAACGCUCACAGCUUGAAAUGCUAACAAGUCGGCAUGAAAACGAAAGCUGUUCCUUGAAUCGUGUUAGUAAAAAUCCGCUUUCUCCAUUCAAUACAUUUACGAGUCAUUUGAUUAUGUAACCCGCUGUGUUAAAAUUCUAAAUUUCAGACGUAUAUUAGUCCCUGACACGAGCCCGUGUUUAUUCCACAAGUUUCUUGGAUACCUGUACAGCGGUACGCUUGAUAAGCGCACUCUCAGUACGGAUGAUGUCCCUGAAAUGCUAGCACUGAGUGACAAGUAUGAGGUAUGAUGACCAACUGAUCUCGUUAAAUAUAGCCUGCGAGCAAGCUCUCCUAUUUGGGCGAGCGAAGCGAGUCUCGCGGGAACGCAAGAGCGAGCGUUCCCUCGCUCGCGCGCUCUCGCGAGGCUCGCUUUGCUCGCCCAAAUAGGAGAGCUUGCUCGCAGGCUAGUUAUAUAGCAUGACCAUACGUGUCAAUAGUUGAAGUUUAUGAAAGGUUAGGGAAAUCUGUUAUUUCCUUCUGAAAAAUUACCUAAAAGGGCUACAGAAGGAUUUUAUAGUUGUGUAAAAGUCGCGAAAAUUUAAUAGUUUUGUGAUUUAUUCAUAUUUGAACUUAAAGAAAGUGCAUUUACAGCGGUUGAAAGGGAUCCAAAGUUCUAAACAAGGUUUGUGGAAGGGGGUACCAUUUGGGUACCUUUUCUGUCCAGAAUGGCAUAUAAAAGGGUAUGGGAUUAGACUUCGGAGCGGAGCCUCCUGGUAUAAAACUUUGUUCAGUACCCCCAUCCCCUCGGGGUUCGUUAUUCACUCAGUAAAUCGACACCAAUGAAGACCUGAAAGGUCGAAACCCGAAACAUCGCGAUCAACAACGAGGUGAUUACUUCGAGACAAACGGAUGAAUAACAUCUUUCACGACAACUAUGUGGUAUCCAUCAACAAACGAGUGAAUUAACCACAAAAGGUUUUUACUUAUCACCAGUAUAGAACAAGGUUGGUUUUUAAAGGUCAGUUUUACAAGACUAAGAAGUUAAGAGAAAUGAUUUCGAGGCUUUCAAUAGUGAUACCAAUUUCAGCACUGAAGCACUCACUAUCAACUCCGCGACAUGGCCAGGCGAGGCGAGUGCAAAAGCACUUCUUUAAGCGUCAGCUCCACAGUACACGUGAACCCUACUGAAGACGAAACAGCUGUCCAUGGCUGCCACUGCCCGCAUGAUAUGGCUGUGCGCAUGCGUGAGGUACUGGCCAUACCGCGGAGUUAAUAGUGUGUGCUCGCCUUCAGUGCUGAAAUUGGUAUUACUUAUGACAAGUGAUCGUUCAAUUGACACGACAGUGACACCCUAGCUGUGUGAUAUAAUUUAGGGAAAGCAGUUUCUUGUUCUUUGUUAAAGACUUUCAGGUGUUAUAUUCUGUUACAGGUGGAUUCUUUGAAGGAGAUUUGCGAACAGAUUUUGUUGUGUGAUGUCGAUGAAGACACAGUGCUGCUCUACAUGGGUUUGGCGGAACAGUUUACUGUGCCCCGUUUGAAGGUAUCGUACUUUGGUUGA